AUGGAAUCAGUUUAUUCGCGUAUCGACAACGAAUAUUGUGAACAAACACAGUUGUUAGCAUGGGAAGUUACGGCUGAUUUGGAACGUGGAAAGUUUCUGCCUUUACUAUAUAACUGGACAACGAAAAAGUUUGGAUGUUCAACGAAUUUGGCUGUUUCUAGGUAAGGUGUCUGUUGAUAUUGAUGGUUUUGAGUUUAGGAAGAGUAAAAACAUUGCUGUGAUAACGUCAGAUGGAGAACUGAGCAUUUUGUUCGUCAAGGAUGGCAAACUGGUAGUCAAGAGUCAGGUUAGAGGUAUGGUAUUUUAUUUAUUUGAGCAGAAGAGAUUGAAAAAUAAAUUAAAGAUGUUAAAUUUUAGUAUUAUUGGACCCAUAUCCAGAAUUUCGACUUCUUGAGUUUAAUACGGCCGAAUCUCUCCUGUUUUCUACACGUUCUAAUGCUGUUGUUGAUGUGUUUGAGGCGAAUGGAAUGUUUUUGUAUAAAAUUUCAUUAAAUGAAGACAAUUUGGCUGGAUCGUCGUCUUCACAGAUUGUAACACAAAUACGAAGUCACAGCUUGGAGAACAAUGCCCAUUUCACUGAUGAUUUGUUUGCUUUGCAAAUUGAUGGCACACUAAAUGGGUUCAGAGUUGGGUGAGUGUUAUAUCUUUUUUGGUUUUGUUUUUAGGUACCUAAAUUUAAGUUCAGGAUAGCUUCAGAGAUGUACUUACUUUCAACUGUCAAGGAAAGUUUGUACAUUUUUAUAAAAUAUUUUUGGGUUUUUUUUCAGACACGAUGGCUAUCACAGAAUGUUUAGUGUACCAUUGGACGACCCUCCAGUUUGUAAUUUUGUACAUAUACCAAAGUAUCAUCUUAUCAUAAGUUCUUCUGAAUAUCAACGACAGCUUCAAAGCGAGGAGGAUAUGGAUUGUACAAUGUUUGGUUUAAAUGUGUACAGACUUCUACCAGACUUUCCUUACAUUGAUUGCUUGAAGAAAACUACUGUAAAGGUAAAAUGGAUUAGGUAUUUACUAUGAUAAAACAUUUUUUAAUGUAAGAAAAACGGUUUUUAUAUUAUUUACUGAUAUAUAGGGAUAGAUACAUAAACUAUUUUGUCGCAGUCAAUAAUUUUAAAUUUUAGAGAGGUUGGCGUGAAAAGAUACCAUUCUUGUCUCAAAAACGAACUGUGAUAACAUCGAUGGAAAUGUCUCCGGAUGAGAAAACUUUGAUAGCUAUUUCAAGUGUUGGCGAUGUUAUAUGGUUUGAUUUACCUUCAUUGAGAAUAAGACGAUUUGCAAGUGCAGAACAAAAUGAUGUUACGGCCAGGCCGAUGGAAGUUCAAUGGACGGAUGAAAAGGUAAAAUACGGAAUUGAUUACGAAUCUUUUGAGACAUUCUGUAAAAAAAGUAAUUUAUUAAAGUACACUUUAAUUAUAAUAUAACAUGAUUUUUAAAAUUAUAAUUAACAAGUUUAAAUUCCAGGAAUUUGUGAUUCUCCACUCCAACGGCCAAAUGACUCGAGCCAAACCGGAUGAUUACUUUGAUGGUACAACUGUAGACCCACCAUUACAUUGUGUAAACCAAUGUAAACGAGUUCGACUCGUAGAUGAUCGAACAAUCUACGCUUUAACCGAAGCCAGAACAGAUGCAAUACCAAUUGCCAGAAAAGAGAACAAUAAGAGGCGAGUUGGAGUAGAAUUUACAUUGUUUAUACUGUUUUACAUUACAUGGAUAUUCAAGUUGAUCAAGGCUAUGUUUGCCUCAUUCUUUGGCGGAAAUCCAAUCGAAGAAUUGAGCGAAAAGACUUGUGUGGAACAGUCAGCACAAUUGGCUUUGUAUGCUACAAGGAACAUCACUUUGACCGAUUAUAUCGAAAUUCAGGUAUGGUUUUUUGAUUUAAUGAUUUUUUUUUUUAAAAUUUAUAUUUUUUUAAAUAUAUUUUUUUACGUAGUUUAAAGGUCAAGGUUUUAAAAAUGACUAACUUUUUAGCUAGCCAAACAUGAAUAUCAAGUAGCGAUCGAUUUGGCCACGCAAAGUAAUGGAAAGUACGAUUUGGACUUGGUCUAUAAACAACAGUGGAAUGACUUUAAGAAAAGUGGAGAAAAAGUUACACUAGAUCAUCUGAAAGUGCUGGUAAGUAUUUAAAAAAACAAUUUUUUUAAAGUUUACUUUUUUCACUUAUUGAUCUUCUACUUUUUUAGCACAACGUGAAAGACACAGAAUGGUUAACCAAAGAAUGCCUCAACUUCAACAACUGUGCUACUUUAAAUAAUCAUCUUUUACUGAUUCAACUAGCCAAAAGAGAAAUUGAAGCGCGACAAAUCGAAGACGAAAUUUUGAAUACGGCUGUCAAUAACGCUGAAAUUGUCAUCGAAUGUUUGGCACAUACUAAGAAACACGAAAAUGAUGCUCUGGAGUUGUAUUUGAAGUACAGAGAUAGCAAUCUAUAUGCAUUUACAUUUUCAAUGGCUGAAGAAACAGAAUUUGAAGUGUUGGAGGUGAUUUUGAAACGCCACAGGAGGCAGUUGACGGGCUAUUGGUUAGUCAUACUGUCGGCGGUACCUGAAAGUACCCAGCCAAAGUUCUACAGCAAGUUCUUGCCAGCUGUGUAAGUUAUUUUAGCUUGUCAAUAAUAUUGGUACAGUUCUUACUUUGCGUCAAUUUUGCGAUAAAAUACGGUGCUUUGUUAUUAUAAAGUCAUUUUUACAGCCAAUGUUACCUAAUUUAUUAACAAAAUGCAAUUUUAUGGUUUUCAGAACUAAUGAAGACUUGCCAGAGCAGUUGUUCUACAUCAACGAUGAUGACGAAGAUUGGGAAAAGCCAGAACCUGUUCGAAUUCCAUUUAAAUUUGACAAUUUUAGUACAUUUUUGUAUGCGGAUUCCAAGUCUAUGGUGGAAAUAUCAGCACAAUGGUUUGAAAAACGUGUGGAGUUAAUGGAUAUGUACAGUGGACUACCGGACGACGUGUUGGCUUUGAUUGAGUUGGGAUUUUUGUGUGGUUUUGAGGUAGGAAUUUUAAAUUUAAAUAAUGCUACACGUACGGUAUUUAAAUUUAUUUUUUAAACACGUAAUAGCAAAAGAUAAGUGUACAAAGUAACUUUCUAUUUUACAGGAUUUGGCAGAGGUUGGUCGACAAUACGUAUUAUACGCUGAUUUUGUUCGUUUCACAGCAGCAGUUCAUUUGAACUUCAAGGAGUUGAAGCAGUGGGAUACUAAGAAGGCAACAGAGCAUUUGGCUAAGCAUGUGGGUUAUAUUUUUUUUUAUUUUGAUUUUUAAAAUGUAUUUUGAUUAUUGAGACAAUCAUAUUAAUUUGACAUUUUAGUUGAGUCGAACAGAUUUACUUGCAAAUUUCGAAAGAAUAAUUGAAGUUGUUGACUUUGUAGACCAAGGAAAAGGCGAUAUGAAAACAGAGGUCAUGAAGUUGAUCAAACGAAAUUGUCAACAUGAUUUCGAGGUAAAAUACGGAGCUCUAAAUUGUAUAUUUUUUACAGAAUUUUACAUUAUUCGUUACACGUUUACAUUAUAAUGUCCCAAUUUGAAUUAUAAUGUUUUUACAAUUAAUAACCUUACUUUUACAGUUACUAUCAGCCCUACAACAAGUUAAGCCAGAGUACCUAACUAACGACACUUUAAUAGAAUGCUUCUACGAAUCAGAAGUCACAGGUGAAGCGUUGACGUCAGCUAUGAAGAGCUUCAACGUUAGUGCUGGGCUGAUUGAAGUACUCGAGCUGUGUAAUCUAUCGAAUGAUUCUCUUACUUUCGCACAGAUUCAUUCUGCCAGCCGGGAAAAGUCAAAAGCCGUUGAACUGACCGAAAAGUUUGUAAAAUCAGCGGUGAAAGCAAGGAAUUUCAGUGAAAAGGUACGGGCUUUUGGUUGUAAAAAAUAUAAAUUUAAAAAAUUUGGUCUAAAACGAAUAUACUAUAUGUUUAUGUUGAUACUAUAGCUUUACGUAUGUUUUCAGGACAAAAAGACAGACCCAACAAGAACCGCCGAAUGGUGGAGGGAAUUGUUAUUUAAAGCCAGACGUCUACGGUCAGCUGCAUUCGAAUCACUGAUAUCUGAUGAGCAGAUACUAAACUUGAUAUUGAACGAAAUGGUAGAAGUUGCUGUAGUUGAUUUACAUCCAGAACCAAAACCUUACUUAAGAGCUCCAUUCCAUCUUGUAGUCGACUUAAAUGGUACUGCUGAAAGCGCUAGAAUACCGUUGUUGAAACAGAGGUAAGGAUUGCUGGAUUUGAUUUUUCGGCUGAUAAAGUCAAAUUUAUGGUACUUAAAUGUCAUUCAUAUUUUUUAAAUAUGAUUUUGUAGACGGCACAUACUUUGUAUAGUCUAGUUGUCAUAAAGCGGUACUUUCUUUUAACAUUAACCGCUUUUAACAACUAAUUUUUCAGUGUUUUUGAGAAGAUAUUGUGCGAAAAGUCCCGAGCCUUUAUUGAAAACGCCCACCCAACGUUAUCAGAUCCAAAUUUACUCCGUGCCGAAUUAGUCCUACAGUGUAUUCUGACCGGUAAAAGAGCUCUUCGUCGUAUUUUGGCUCAACAAAAACAAAUCGAGACCGUUAAGAUUGCCAUAAGGUUGGGAAGUGAACGAUUACCGGCAACGUUCUUGUAUUGCGACAAAAACGUUCUCCUGGCUGAAAAUGUAGCUAUCUCGGAUAACUACAAGGUUGUGAAGAAGUGUGCCGAACUGGCUACGAAUUUGGAGCUACCCACGCCUGGAGCCACUGCUUUGGCCGCAUGUGCUGCCGCGGCUUUGGAAAAGGUGAGAAAAUAUUAAUUUAGGUUUUGAAAUCCGUUUUUGGUUUAAAUUUUAGUAGGCUUACAAGUGAACUAUAAGAUCAAAAACAGCUAUUCAAAAGCGAAAUAAUAACCAAAAAAUUGCAGAAAGACCUCCACAUUCUACGUCAAUAUGUAAGGGAGCUAGCCAAGAAAGCCCGCGAUUUCCCUGUCGUAUAUAAAAUGGCGAGAAGGUUGCUACAAGGAGGAGAGUUAGAUCGUGAACUAAAAGAAGACGCCAUAGCUUGCCUACUACACAAUUGUCCAGAUGAAGAGCUAAACAAUCUGUUUGAGAUCAUAAACAAAGUCAAGAAAGAAGAUCACGAACAGAAACCGGACCUGGACGAAGACAGUGAUGAAGAUGACGCUCUGUAUGAUCUACGAAAGCUAAGCAAAAUGUGCUUUAGUCUAAAACCUCAACACAACAUAUCGAGAUAUGAGUAA